AUGGCAUCUGCCCCCAACGACUUUGUUGGGGCUUCUGGACGCUACUAUCGGUUCAAAGAGCUGCUUCAAGAGCGGCAUAUCUUGGUCGUAUAUGGACGAGAUCAAUUUGUCUUAAAAGAUAUACCGAAGGACAUGCUGUCCAGCUUUAAUGGGGAUAUCCGGCCCAAGCUUAAUGAGAGUCUCUAUAUACGACUACCGCUGGACACCAUACCGGGACAUUCUAUACUCGUGUAUAAGUAUCUGACAAAUGACUUCCUUGGUCUUGGUAGGAAGCAACUCCCAAUGCUCGCCAGAAAGCGAAUCCUCCAGGAUUGUCUCCGAGGGAUUGCUGAAUUACAUGACCGACAGGUUGUCCAUCUUGAUAUCAAACCGGACAAUAUCAUGCUUAACUGCCACUCCACUGGCCAAGAGAUGAUAGUUGAACAAGUUCAGAUUACCGGCCUUGAAAACGCAGCCUACCUCCCCAAAGGCAGGUGCAUCAAGGGCAUGCUAGCUGGCAAUGAUAAUUGGCGUAGUCCAGAGGCAUAUUUCAAAGGAGAACUUAACAAACCAACCGACAUCUUUUCUUUUGGAGUUAUGGCAAGUGCUUUCACCCUAUUAGAGAGCCUAUUCGCUAACAUACCUCGAUAG